CUGAAGUAAGUUUAGUUUUCUUUUCACUUAUAGUGACUCUUAUUUAACAACGUUAAUGGAAGAUAAUUUUUUGACCAAAGUGAAAAUUCGAACAAAGAUAAAUCAAUUUUCUGAUAUGAAGGAAAUCUGUAGUGACGAUAGUUCUCCACCAGGUGGCAGUAAGAACUAACGAAACAUUAAACUUCAUAGUUUUCUCUAAAUAAUUUUUUAUGAAAAUAUGUAUGAAUCUGUGAGUAAUGUGUGGAACUAGAAUAAUAACUGAACCUUCAGGCUUUUCUUCACUUUUCCGUUUUCCUCGCCUCUAAGCAGUGAAUUUAAAUCAGCUGGAAUCUCAUUAAUCAAACAUCACUGGCUGAGCGGCGCAGCUCUGGUUUUCAAAAUAAAAGCAAUCAAAUCAAAGUACCAUUAGUCUAUUAAUUUUCUAAGGAGCUUCUAAUGCAGGCUGAAUUUAAAUACUAGAUAAAUAUGGAAAUCAUAAUUUCUAAUUACAAAUACACUAAGAAUAAUUAAUAUCUACCUAUUUUGAUGUUUUUUAUUCAGUUUUAUUUACAUAUUUGUGGCCAUUAAUGAUGAUGUAGUUGCAGAUAUUGACCACUAGAUGUCAGACAUAACUCGAUUUUAUUUUCCUGUUUUUGUUUCUAAUGUUAAAUUCAAACAUAAAUAAUCAGAUGUAAUAUUUAUUCUACAGAAUAAAAUGUUUAUAUGAAAUUUGUGACCAUCAGUUUAUACAAUAACCUGCUUCCUGUUUUCAUUGUUGAUUUCACUGCUGAACGAGCUUUUGGUGUGAAGUAUCGCGAGAUUUCGGAGGUAUCGUGAGACCUGACGGGCUUGUGCCUCAGUGUGUGUCGCUGCUGAUCUGUUCGUGGGUUUGUUGUGUAAAUUUCCUGCGUGAUGUUCGGCUGUCCUCCACGGGAGGACCGGGAUUAGUCCACACGUCCAGCAGAGGAGAGGACAACAUGGCGGCUGCAGAAGGUGUCAGCCUUCCCACUCCCACGGAGGAGAUGAACGGGGCCGGGACGCUCAUGGACUUCCUGGACGAGCCGUUCCCCGACGUGGGGACCUACGAGGACUUCCACACCAUCGACUGGCUGAGGGAGAAGUCCAGGGACACGGACCGGCACCGAAAGAUCACCAGUAAGAGCAAAGAGUCCAUCUGGGAGCUGAUCAAGAGCCUCCUGGACGCCUGGUCCGGAUGGGUGGUGAUGCUGCUCAUCGGCCUGCUCUCUGGCUCGCUGGCCGGGGUCAUCGACCUGGCGGUGGACUGGAUGACGGACCUGAAGGAGGGCGUGUGCCUGUCGGCGUUCUGGUACAGCCAUGAGCAGUGCUGCUGGACCUCCAACCAGACCACCUUCGCCGACCGGGACAAGUGUCCGCAGUGGCAGAAGUGGGCCGAGCUGAUGACGGGCCACGCCGAGGGUGCCGGGGCGUACCUGCUGAACUACUUCCUGUACAUCCUGUGGGCCCUGCUGUUCUCCUUCCUGGCCGUGUCGCUGGUCCGAGUCUUCGCCCCGUACGCCUGCGGGUCGGGAAUCCCGGAGAUCAAAACCAUCCUGAGCGGGUUCAUCAUCCGGGGCUACCUGGGGAAGUGGACCCUGCUGAUAAAGACCGUCACGCUGGUUCUGGCCGUGUCGUCGGGCCUCAGCCUGGGGAAGGAGGGCCCGCUGGUCCAUGUGGCCUGUUGCUGUGGAAACCUCUUCUGCAGCCUCUUCUCCAAGUACAGCAAGAACGAGGGCAAGAGGCGCGAGGUGUUAUCGGCGGCGGCAGCAGCUGGAGUGUCGGUGGCCUUUGGAGCCCCGAUCGGAGGAGUUCUGUUCAGCCUAGAGGAGGUGAGUUAUUAUUUCCCCCUGAAGACUCUGUGGCGUUCCUUCUUUGCCGCUCUGGUCGCCGCCUUUACGCUGCGCUCCAUCAACCCGUUUGGAAACAGUCGCCUGGUUCUGUUCUACGUGGAGUACCACACUCCCUGGUACAUGGCCGAGCUGGUCCCCUUCAUCCUGUUGGGGGUGUUCGGCGGCCUCUGGGGGACGCUCUUCAUCCGGGCCAACAUCGCCUGGUGCCGGCGCAGGAAGACCACCCAGCUGGGGAAGUAUCCGGUCCUGGAGGUGAUCAUCGUGACAGGAAUCACCGCCCUGCUGGCGUACCCCAACCCCUACACCCGCCGCAGCACCAGCGAGCUCAUCUCUGAGCUCUUCAACGACUGCGGCGCUCUGGAGUCGUCGCAGCUCUGCGACUACUAUAACAACCCCAACAUGAGUCGGCCGGUGGACGACAUUCCUGACCGUCCGGCGGGACCCGGGGUCUACAACGCCAUGUGGCAGCUGACCCUCGCCCUCAUCUUCAAGAUCGUCAUCACCAUCUUCACCUUCGGCAUGAAGAUCCCGUCGGGACUCUUCAUUCCCAGCAUGGCGGUGGGAGCCAUCGCUGGUCGGAUCGUUGGGAUCGCCGUGGAGCAGAUGGCGUAUCACCACCAUGACUGGAUUAUCUUCAAGAACUGGUGCCGGCCCGGCGCUGACUGCGUCACACCGGGACUCUACGCCAUGGUGGGGGCUGCUGCCUGUCUGGGUGGGGUGACCAGAAUGACCGUCUCCCUGGUGGUCAUCAUGUUCGAACUGACCGGUGGGUUGGAGUACAUCGUCCCUCUGAUGGCUGCCGCCGUCACCAGUAAAUGGGUGGCCGACGCCUUUGGGAAGGAGGGCAUCUACGAGUCUCACAUCCAGCUCAACGGCUACCCCUACCUGGACGUCAGGGACGAGUUUACCCACCGCACCCUGGCCACUGACGUGAUGCGACCCCGCCGGAACGACCCUCCGCUGGCCGUCCUCACACAGGACAGCACUACAGUGGAGGACGUGGAGACGCUCAUCAAGGAUACCGACUACAACGGCUUUCCUGUGGUUGUGUCCAGGGAGUCGGAGAGGCUGAUUGGAUUCGUCCAACGCAGGGACCUCACCCUGGCCAUCAAAAACGCCCGUCAGAAGCAGGACGGCGUGGUCAGCAGCUCCGUGGUUUAUUUCACAGAGGACGCACCGCAGCUGCCGGCCAGCAACCCUCAGCCGCUGAAGCUGCGACGCAUCCUGAACCUUAGUCCCUUCACCGUCACCGACCACACGCCCAUGGAGACGGUGGUGGACAUCUUCCGCAAACUGGGCCUCCGGCAGUGCCUGGUCACCAGGAGCGGGCGUCUCCUGGGCAUCAUCACCAAGAAGGACGUCCUUCGCCACAUGGCCCAGAUGAUGAACCAGGAUCCAGAGUCCAUCAUGUUCAACUGACUGCUCACCUGAGCUCUAACCAAUCAACUGUUUCACUGGAGUUUAGGAACCAGUUCUGACGUUUUAAUUACAGCAGAAUGAAACAGGGAUGGAUUAUUUAACAUGUGGGAUGAUUAUGGUUGUAAUGGGUUUCCGUACACUAACUCUAAGCUGAUUUUAUUGCACUUUUUGGUGUUGCCAUAUAUAGCUGUGCGUUGCCAUGUGUUUUUCUUCCUCUGAAGGAUUUAUGGGGAGUUCAGACCUCUGUGGAUCCUGAAGUGACUCCAAGCUACAAUCAGAGACGCUCCUGUUAGCUCCUGUUAGCACCUGUUAGCGUCUGUUAGCGUCUGUUGCACUCCGCCGUCCCUGUGGAGCCCCACCUCCACUCUGACGUAUUAUUUCUGUAUAAAGGUAAAAUACUCAUCCUCAGUGUUUGUUUUGGUUCUUCUCGUGAUUUUUUUGUUUGUAUUUUUAUUGUAAAGCUGCUGAUGCUUCACAGAAACGGUGUGAAAUGAUGCUAACCUUCAGAUCUGGUUCUUUUAUCAGAAACUAUUCCUUCUGUUGCAGUUUUGUUUUAUCAAAGUUGUAAGAAUAAAUGUUUGAAGAAACUGAA